AUGGAUGAUGACAAGUGGAAGCAGCUAUCAAGGGAUGAUCCAAGCAACCACCACCAUUCAUCCUAUGCUUCUUCAUCUUCUUCCUCCUCCAAGCCGCCGUUUAUGUCCAGAAGUGUUUCACAGAGGAAUCCUUGUACAAGCGGUUCUAAUAAGCCUUCUCUGGUGCGUAAUUUGUCCCAGAAGAAUCCUUCAUUCAGGACAUCUUCAUCUUCAACCCCUCUUUCCAGAAGUUCUUCGCAGAAAAGCUCUGCUUCCAGUAACAAAUCGUCUCUGUCAAGGAGUUCGUCCCAGAAAAGAUGUUCGGAUUUCACCAAGAAAUGUAGCAAUUUGGCUAAGGAACAAAGGGCUAAGUUUUACAUUGUGAAACGUUGCAUCACGAUGCUUGUCCGGUGGCGCAAGAACGGAGAUUCUUGA